AUGAGUUCUUCAGAUGAAAAAAACUUUAAAAAUAUAAAUAAUGAUGAAAUGAAUUAUGUAAAUGAAAACUUACAGGAUAAAAUUGAUAAAAGGAUGCAUUAUUUAGAGAAAACCUUAGGAAAUAAAUUUGAUAAAAAAGUAAAAGAUGAAAAAUAUAUUUAUGACAAAAAUACAGAAAUAAAAGCUUAUAUGGAUCAAAUUUCAAAAAAAAAAAAAAGGGCUUUUACUUUGGGUGCUAUAGAUGGAAUUGGUGAUAUUAGUAUACUAAAAGCUCCUUUGAUAAACCCAAAAAAUCCCAAUGUUGAGCCUCCGAUUUUACAGUUACCAUCAGCAACUAAUUUGAUAAAAAAUAUUCAUUUAAAAAUUAAUUUUGAUAAAAAUAUUGAUAAAUCAUAUAAAUACAGAACUCAAAAUAGUAAUAAAGACGUUAUAAAUAAUAUGAAACCUUUAUAUUCCCUUCCAGAAAAUGUUAUGACUUAUUAUAUGAGCACGAAUGCUAAACAAGGAGAGGAUUGUAAUUCAAACAAAAACAAAGAAGUUUACUUAACUACAAAUAAUAAAAAAAAAAAAGAUGAAGAUAAAAAAAAGGAAGAAGUAGAAGAAGAAUAUGAAAAAAAAAAAGAUCAAUCAGAAAAAGAAAAAUUAAUAAAUACUUUAAUUGAUAAAAAGGAAAAUGAAUUUUAUAGAAAAGAUAAUGUAAAUAAUAAGAAGGUUACACUUCUUAGCAAUACCAUUUGUAAUAAUAAUAAUAGUAAUUUUUCAAGGAAAGACACAUCUAUGCAUUUUUCUCAGGCAAAAUUGAUACAAAAAAAUGAAGAAAACAAGCAGUUGAAAAAUAACAAUGAUUUUAAUAAAGUUUCUUCAGAGUAUACAAAUUUUUAUAAAGAUAAUUUUAAUCAUGAUAAAAAUUUCAGUAAAAAUAGUUUUUUUAAAGCAUAUGAUAAUAAGAAUAAUGAUGAACUAAAAGUUUUGGAACUAAAUCAAAUAAUGUCACCUACCUUAACAAAUGCCCUUAAAACGUUAGCUGAUGACACUUUAAUUUAA